CUCCUUUAUUAAAGUUUCUUAUUGAAUCAACCUUUUUCACGACUUCGCCUUUUCAUAACAUUUUUAUUUAAAACUUACAUCUUGAUUGCAUUUUAGUUUUAAAAAAAAGUGUCUGUCAUAAUGGAGAGUGUUAGACAUGAGAAAGUAGUCGUUUUAAUACGUUAACAUUUUAUUUAAUGGCAUGUUUUAUUUUUUUGCUAAUGAGCAAUACAUUUUGAUUUGAAACAAUCUAGCAAACACAAUUAUCUGGGACUGUUUUUCUGUCAUAUGAUAUAGGUGUUGAUGGCAAAUGCUAGAUUUGAAAAUACAAUCUAAAAAUAAAAAAGUAUGAGUACAUUAAAAACACCUGAAGACUGGCGUCAAAGUGUUGCAAAUAUUUGUAAAGAUAUGGGCGUUUCCAAUUUUGAUACAGAAGCAUUGAAUGCUUUAACCCUUGUAUUACAGCAAGAAACAGUUAAAAUUUUAAAAAGUUGCACCGCAAUAGCUAAAUCUGAAGGACGCUCAACUAUUACAAUGACAAAUGCUCGUGUCGCAUGUCAUUUGUAUGAUACAUCUUCAAUCGUUAAUCCACGAUUUCACAAAAAAAAACUUUGCGAUUUAGCAGAAAUAAUUAACUCACAACCACUUUUACCAGAAUGCUUUAUGGAUCCGGAAUUGUGCACGAGUCUAAAUUUAUCCGCACCUCCAUGGAAGCUUUCAAAUUAUAAUAAAUCUGAAUGAUAUUCGAUGUUUUAAAAUUUUUUUCAUUUCUUU